UGAAUUGCGCCUGGGCUCCAGUCUGAAGACACACAGGCAGCGGCAGGCAGGCUGGCACAGCGCGGACGGACUGGAGUGCUAUUCGGGAUGCGAACAGAUGCCGCUGGACUAUGAGAGAAAGUGGAGUCAACCGCACUGAGCCGCAGCGAUAAGACAGCGCGCUGCAAAAUGAAGACACCUAUGCGCCAUGGGAUAGCCGUGCUCCUCGUGCUUCUCCUGUGCGCCAGCUUGUUCCUCGUGUACAACGGCAGCUUCAACGGCGCUUCCAGGGACGCUAACGACACGCGCAUCCGACAGCAUGAACAGCUGCGGCGGCCCACUGAAGCCUCCGUCCGGGUGGCCAAGCCUCACCCCCCAGUCCUCCAGGGAUACAGUGGCAUCAUCGACCAUAAGCCUCUCAGGAUGCACUGCCAGACUUGUGCCCUAGUGACCAGCUCAGGUCACCUCAGCGGAGGCGGUCGGGGGGAAGAGAUUGACCGGGCAGAGUGCGUCAUCCGCAUGAACGACGCUCCCACCGCCAGAGGUUACGCCCGCGACGUCGGCCGCCGCACCUCCCUGCGUGUCAUCGCUCACUCAAGCAUGCAGAGGGUCCUGCGGAGUCGCCACGAGCUGCUCAACGCCAGCCAGGACACAGUGUUCAUCUUCUGGGGCCCCAGCAGCUACAUGAGGCGUGACGGGAAGGGCCUGGUGUACAACAACCUGAGGCUGAUGAACCAGGUGCUGCCCAAACUCAAAGUCUACAUCAUCUCCUGGCAGAAGAUGCUGCAGUUUGACGAGCUCUUCAAGAAGGAGACCGGCAAGGACAGAAGGAUAUCAAACUCUUGGCUGAGCACCGGCUGGUUCACCAUGACCAUCGCCCUGGAGCUGUGCGAUCGGAUCAAUGUCUACGGCAUGGUUGCCCCUGACUUCUGCAGGGAGCCUCAGCACCACUCAGUCCCUUACCACUACUACGAGCCACGUGGUCCAGAUGAGUGUGCCAUGUACAUUUCUCAUGAGCGUGGGCGGCGGGGAAGCCACCACCGCUUCAUCACAGAGAAGCGGGUCUUCGCUAAAUGGGCACGGACUUUUGACAUCCACUUCUACCAGCCGGACUGGAGCCCUCCACCUCUCCCAGCCAACCACACGCUGGAGGGGACGGUCACAGCGGCGCCCCUGGUACCCCAGAAGACGUGACCUGUGUUGGGGUGAAGAAAAUGCUUUAGAGAUUCAUCUAAGAAAGAGUGAGGAUGGGGGACAUUUGCACUAAGGACUGCUGGACCCCUAACAGAAGAAUAAAAUGUGUAGUAGGCAAGAAAAAUAGUUACCACGGAUAAACUGUGAGUCUUGUUGACAUUUGUUAUGAACAUUUCUCCAGCUUCACCACUGCUUCUCCAGCAGUGUGUUCUGUUUACUGAGGUGAACCAGAUCAAACUUUGUACAUCCCUUGUACAACUUGUAAAGUGAGUUUAUACAAGGAGGCAUCACAUCAUUACACACUCCACUCGCAAUGCAUGCAUGCUGUGUCUUACUGUGGAUUGUGUGUGUGUGUGUGUGUGUGUGUGUGUGUGUGUGUGUGUUUACCUGAGGGAUCACAGAGGAUACAAACAUUGAGUUUGGGCUCUCCACAAAGCCUCUGCUGGAUGAAGGAUCUAUGCAGGAUUCACCACUUAGUUUACUGAAAGAAAAAUACCAUUACAAUGCCCGUAAUCUAACAAUGUAUUGGCUAUUUGAAGUGUGAAUCGUCACUGUUCAGAUUCAUAUUCGUCUGCGUUUUUCAAAGACUGAGGAGGUCAAGUUGGAUGAGCUUCACCCCUGUCUCGAGCAACAAAAGCAGAUAUGAAUCACUUCCCUGACUUUCAUUUUUACUGUCUUUCAGAUAUGUGCAUUGUAAGCUCACCCAAGUCAAAUUUUGCAAUGCAGUACUUCCUGGCUGAGUGACAAGUGUGUAACAUUAACUGAGAGGUUUCAUCUAAUGCGUGUGUACCGCCUCAGCCCGUACGUAUGUAUCAAAAGGCUUUGUCGGCUCCUGUCACCACUUAAUAGCGCGAUUUAUAUAGCUACAAGCCGGAUUUCCAUGUAAAUGCACAGCCAUGUCACACAAGACAAGUGGGAGAUUAAAAUCGAAAGCAGGGAUGCAGCAGCGCCAUCCAUCCUACUAUACAGUAUAUAUCUGCUGCCCGAAUCGCCUCGCAGAAGAAUUACACAGUUUUUCUGUUAAACUGAUGAGUAUGUGAUCUGUCAGUCUUUUCCUCUCUCGGUCUGGAUUUUGUUUUAUGUACACUCUGCUCUCAUUUGAUGAAGUAUAUGCUGCUUGUAGACUGCCCCUUCCUCUCUUUGAGAUCCUCUAUUUUCCCCUCUUCCCUCCUCUAUGAAUAAGAAUGAGGUGUUGGUCUGGAGAAAGUGAUGAGACAUGUGGUUAUCUUAAUGAUACAUCCUGGUGCUAAGUCCCUAUUGAUUUUACCCUCAUCUCUGUAAUGUGAGUAAUGAGAGGAGGGAUGAUGUUGGUCAGAUACAUAGGUGCUCACACAAGGACGUGUUUCACAACACGUUUCCUCGGUAGCGACAAGGACAUGAUUACUUUUCAUACAUCACAAACAGCUGCAGGGGUGCUGCUGCUGUACUGAGAGUCCUGCUGCCGACUUUGUGCUGUAGCAAAGACUAAUGCCUUUGUUUUCACUUGAAUAUUUUUUGCCUAAUUAAUCAAUUAAUCUAAUUAGUCACAGUAUGUCGUUUGGGGCUGCAACUAUUUUCAUUUUAUAUUGUUUGGUCUAUAAAAAUAGAAAUAUGUACAUCACAAGUUCCCCGAGCCCAAGAUGACAUUUUUAGAUUGCUUGUUUUAUACAUAACAGUCCAAAACCUAAAGCUAUUCAAUUGGUAUUAUAUAGAACAGAAAAGCAGCAAUCUUUUUUUUUUUUUUUUGGACAAGCCGAAACCAGUGGAAUAUGUGAAUUGUCCGCUUCAUGAAUAACUUAAAGGAAUAGCUUGACUUUAUUAGAAAUAUGAUUAUACCCUUUCUGUCUGGCUAGCUAGUUGUUAGCUGUGAAAACCGGAAUGUAAUUUGCUGUUUUACUGGGAGUUAUGUGGGCUCUGCUGGACUGUUUCUUGAUUCCAGGAAGCUCCUGGUCCCAGCCAAGACUUGUUCUGUCACAUAAGCCCCAUAACUAAAAUUACAGCAUUACACUAAAAAGCAUAAGUUGUAUUUCUACAAAAACUAAUAAGAUAUAAUGUAUUAACUGGUGGGCUUGAAAAGGUGCUGGUAGGUGGAUUUAGCUACCUAUUGACAGGCAAGGGCUAGCUGUGUUUCUGUUUCCUCUCAUCCUGUAUGCUAAACUAAGCUAACCAGCUGCUAACUCCAGCCCAUAGACUGUGUAAUAAUAAGCUCCAACCUUAAAUUCUAGGGCUGAUCCAUGGUAAUCAACGUCCAAAUCAGUAUUCUAACCCUUCGAUUUUUUUAUUUUAUUAUUAUCAUAUAUGCAUUACCCCAAAAAUCCCAAAUAGCUCAUGAUAUAAGAAUAGUAAUCCCACAUUUGUCUUUUAUGCAUUAACAUUAAUUAGGCUAUAAUUAGUUAUUCUCAGACAGGUGUGUGUGUGUGUGUGUGUGUGUGUGUGUGUGUGUGUGUGUGUGUGUGUGUGUGUGUGUGUGUGUGUGUGUGUGUGUGUGUGUGUGUGUGUGUGUGUGUGUGUGUGUGUGUGUGAGAGAGAGAGAGAGAGACUCGGCUGUAACUAUCAGCAUGCAAGAUGUCGAAAAAGUCAAGCGUCUGGAAUAAUCUCAAAUUUUUCGAAAAUGCCCCCCUUUUUCGAGAGCCAGAUAUGCCAAAGGAAACACCUGAAAACUGUAACAGCUUAGCCUCGAUAAAGUAUGAUUGUCUGUAUGCCAUGUAUACAGGCCAUGUAUAUAUUUUAUAUGUAUAAUUUAUUUGAUGUGAUUAUCCAAUCCAUACUAACCGUUUUUCGUAAACGUCUCUGUCGUUUGUUAGCAGCUGCAGAGUGCAAAUUGGCAGGCUAACCUGCCUGCCAGAAAACAGAAGUUAACUAAACUAGUUUUCAUGCCGGCUCCAUGGGAAGAAAUCAACAGAAGAAAUCCUCGCUCACCUGCCUCUAUUUUUUUGUUGUUGCCCAGGAUGGAAAUGUAUCAUUCCACUUAAUAAAAUACUUUUAUCAGUC